CAGGGAUGAAGAAAUGGUUGAUAGUAGGCGUGACCAUCCUGGGUAUGGUCUGCUGCUCAGGUACUCUCGCUAAAGUUGGGGUCUUUAUUCCCGGACUUCUUCUCUUUUGUUAUAUCUGCAGUAGGACUACUCGCCUCUCUGCUGAGCAGUACAGAGAGGGAUUCUACAAUAAGGUAGUACUACUUUGUGGUGCUAGCUCGGGUAUAGGGGAGGAGUUAGCGUACCAGCUAGCCUCCAAACACUGCCAGCUAGUCCUGGUGGCCCGGACUGAAGCCAAGUUACUUCGUGUUAAAGAGGGGGCUCUGAAGGCUGGUAGUCCCCGAGUAGAGGUCAUCUCUUACGACUUCAGCAAUGUUAAGAAGUGUGUCAGCACUGUCCUGUAUAAGACUAUAGAGCUGUAUGGGAGACUAGAUUAUCUCAUACUCAACCAUGGUCUCAUGCCAAACGGGCCCUUUCUGGGCUUCCCAAAGCAGCAGGACCCUGAGUUUAUACAGAAGAUCUACAACGUUAACGUGUUCAGCUACAUCCAGCUAGCCACACACGCUAUCCCCCAUCUGGAGCUAACAGGGGGGCACAUACACGUGACUAGCUCUAUGGCUGGGGAAAUACCUCAGAUUAUUGGGGGGCUUUACUGCGCUACUAAGCACUCUAAGAACGGGUUCUUCUACAGCUUGCAGCAGGAGCUUAUCCACAAAAGAUCUAAAGUCUCUCUGAAUAUCGGGGCAUUUGGGCUGAUAGUGACGAGGGAGAUGAAGGAUGUGAUUAUGAAGAAGAUGAACAUGCCUAAGUUCCUGCAGGGAGACCUGAAGAGAUGUGUGCAGGUUAUAUUAGACAACCUGGUGCGCAGAGAGCGGACUAUCACCUUCCCACCCACCAACAUAGCCUUCCGCUUUAACUGGUACCUCAACCCUUUCUUCCACGAGUUCUUCUUGGCUGGUAUCACUGAUUAUAACUCCCUAGUUAAGAACCACACCACUAUCCACGAACAGUCCGCUAAGACUGGCUACCAGAAAGGCAGCUCUUAGUAAUGCUACUACUACUCCCAGCUAUGCGGUGUGCCUCAGGGAUUGGGUCCUGUUAAGUGUUAUGUACAUCAGUUAUUUUAUGUUUCAACGAAUUGACGGAACAAUUUAUAUAUAAUAAUCUUAAACAUUUUAAAUUUGGAGUUUAUUUAUUAAUCAAACCACCGAUCCAAAUUUGACGUAAGUAUGGACAUAUUUAAUAUAUUUUUGGUUAUAUUAUUGCGAUAUACUUGUCGUUUCUCGUGGUUAAUUCUACAUGAUGGUACUAGUUACUAGUUGAUAGUCACGCAUAAUUAAAUUGUAGUCUAAAGGAGAUAUUUAUAUAAUAUCUGGAUACUAGCGAGCUGAGUAAAGUACUGUGUUUACAGUACAAUGUAGAUGGAUCUAAGUACUAAGUAGGUAUAAACCUUAUUUUUUCUGACGAUUAAAUUAAUGAUUUACCAGCCAGUUUCAGAGUUGAUUAAUCAAAUUUUCUGUCACAUGCCAAUACUAAUUAUAUGGGUCUCAUACACUCCAGUGUUCGGAUCUACUGUUUAAUGCAUGAUUUUAUUUAAAUUGGUAAUGUGAUUAUUAUUUAUUAAGAUAUUGUAUAAAAUAUUGUUAAUUUUGAUUUGUUGAGUUAAAUUUGCCAUUGUAUUUGUAAUUUCAUUUAAUAUUGUACAGUAUUUAAGUAUGUAUUAUAAUAUGAUUAAUCUUGAAAUAACCCAUUUAAUUAAUCUGUCUCUUUAAAUAACUUAUUGUCAUUCAAUAUUCAUCUUCAACUGACUGAAGUUUUAAAUUAAUUGUUGUAUUUAUUUGAUGUUAUGUUGGGAUUUAUCAACUUAUCAGUAAUUUAUUACCUAAUAACUUGGAUUUGAUUGUAACAUAUUGUUUGUUUAUUAAAUAUAAACUUUAAAAUUUCUUC